ACUUGACCGAGUUGUUUCUAAACAGCUGUUCGGUUGUAUAAUGAAUACUACAUUUCUUCGCCUUUUGCUAUCAGUUGCUCACAAUAAUGAGCACUCACGAUAAUAAAUGCACUGAAAAAUGACGAACACAACGAAAUCAGAAGUUAUUCCGCUCACAAGAACUUAUCUAAUUGCGCUAAUCGUGCUUAAAAGCUUUUGUUUGAUAUGUGGCGUACUCGGAAACUUUGGUGUCAUGAUGUACAACCUCUACACGAAAAACGAUAAAACGCCUACGGGUUAUCUUGUGGCUAACUUGGCUUGCGCAGACCUUCUAACUUGCUUGACUGUUUAUCCGACAUGGAUUGCGGAGUUUGGUAUGAUACUUGCAGGAGAACAAAGCGAUCAGACUUUCUUUUGUAAAUUUAGCUACACGAUUGCACGCCAGUUCAUAUGCGUGUCCACGUUAACGCUACUGGCGAUUACAGUCGAUCGCUACAUUUAUAUAUCAUCACCUCUCAGAUACCCAUUGAUCAUGACAUGGCGGAAAACUUACGUCAUUCUUCUAAGUAUUUGGAUAUGCGCUUCGCUUUAUUCUCCCAUAGUAGCGAUCUACAUAGAACCGGGAAACGUAAGGACCAUGUGUUUGGAACCUAUUGCUGUCGCCCUGAUUGCAUCCAUCAUCUACAUCGUCGUACCUAUGGGUGUAAUAUUUUAUUGCAAUUGCAAGAUUUUCCGACUGGCGAGAGGACAAAUUCGAAGGAUGCACGCAAGCCGUGUUGAUUCUAAUCAUGAUACACCAAGUGCGUCGUCAUUUACUUCAGAGAUGAAAGCGAUCAAAACAUUUGUCAUUGUAAUCGGUGUCUUCUUACUUUGUUGUGUUCCGUACGCGAUUCUUUUGUUGGUAAAGUCUUGUGAUUGCGUCCCUGAUGUUGCCAUCGUUUUGCUUGGCGAUCUCGUGUUAGCGAACUCCAUUAUGAAUCCAAUCAUUUACGGCAUGAGGCAACAGGAAUAUAAAAAUUUUUAUCGCCAAUUUUUUUUUGUCAUUCGCAGUCGACUAAUAUGGGUUUUUAGAGGCGGAAUAGCAUGAAUAUAACUAUAAUUAAAAUCGUUCUACACAUAGAACUUGUUAAAUUCU